AUGUCAGAAGCAAUUGAGGGCCAGGGGUCCAUUAUCACCGAAAAGGAGACGGCGGAAGCGACCACAACUGUCCUCAACGAUGAUCCAGCGGCCCUGGAAGACAACGUGAACCGACCCAACCGAGAUCUCGUUGCGGCCAUCUGGGCUAUUGUAUGCGGCGUCGCCCUGCCAUGCAUUCCCAUUCUUGUGGUUUCUGGAGUCCUUCUCGGUGUCAUUUUCCGUUACCAGGUCGUGCCUCAGGUCGGUCGGCCAGAAUUCAUCAUCGCAUCCCACACAGUUGGGUCAGAGAACCUCACGAGCCACAUUCACGACAUCAAACAUGAUGGGGGCAGUGCGGCGUACUAUGUCGAUUACUCUCCUACAAGCAUUACGACUAUUGCGGCGUGGACCGGACGCAUCAUCCCUUAUCUUUCGAGUUCCAUCAUGGCCCUCGUUGCGUUCUUCGCCGCUCGGCACAUCGUGGUCAAGUCCAGAGAUGGAACACACGACGACUUACCGACGCCCAAGCAGUUGACAAUCCUCAUCAACCUCUUGGGAGGAAGCGGGAUUAAACCUUUAAGAGAUGCCGCUGUGUAUAGGUGGAGGAACAAGGAGGCAUUCGUUGCCCCACUGCCAGCUGUCUUUACAGCUCUGUCUUUGAUCACACUAAUAGGACUGCUUAUCCCUCUCGUCGAUACGUGGUUUGGUAUAAGUGUGCACAGCGCAACGAUCGUACAGCUGUAUAACAUCUCCGCAGGCGCAUACCAUACCUAUGGUCGGCAACUGGAUCCCAGCGAGGCGAGUUAUCCAGGCUGUUCAACAGGUCCCAUGAUCCCGGCUUUGCACGGGUAUAAUAACCAGAACUUUUCGUGGCCAUGCAACAUCGAGUUGCCCAUCCCACACCCCCAGAACCUGUUCCUCGUGGGUGGCCAAGCAGCGGCUGCUGUGCAGCUGGGCCUGGCCUCGAACAACACCAUGCGCAACUAUACCGGUCCGGCCAAUGCAUCAAGCUCGGACACACCAUCUCCAAACCACCCGAUCUUUUUCAUCGGUGACCAACAGAGCACCACUGCUGAAGACUUUAGCAGCCGCACUAUGGGCAUGGCAACGCAGUGCGAAAUCAUCACGUCCAAAUGCUACGACGCGAGCAACGGCAGCGCCUUCAGCUGCCCUGGUGGCUUCAAAGGCGAUUUCACCAUGUGCGAGCCCAACGCAUGGCCUGAAGGUGGGAGUAUGAGCGGCUCAGGAAGCUGUCAAACAGGCAUCGGCUUUGCUGCCGACCCCCAGCUGUCUCGCUCUGCAGGAAACAUCGACAUGAUGGGCAUCUCUGGCUCCAGCGUAGGGGAGAUCGCGGAUCUGCUUCAGCAGAACCCGAUGUACUUUGGCACAUGGGCCACUGGCUUCCCUGCGUAUGGUGAUACCAACACUGCACUGACAAACGACACCACGGAGGUCUUUUCCAACGGUUCCACAAACGCCAUGUGGCUCUUGAACUGCAGUGCAACCGUCUACGACGUCAAUUAUACCUGGGUCAAUGGCGCUUUGCACAGCUUCCAGGCCCAAGCGGCCGACCCAGAGUGGGGUGCCUUCUUCUCCGCGCCGUUCGCCUGGAGCUACCUCUCGCUGGGCCUGAACGCCGCGACAAUGAACCUCCAGCUGGCGGCCUGGGACUCGUCGUACUCUGCGCAGAACGGAAGCGACCUGGCCAAUCUUUGGGCCCGCGAGUUCUCCUACUACGCACUAUCGACCUCCCUCGGGGUGUUCGUCCCGCAGGUCAACAUGCUGGAGCAGGCCCGCAACAACACCGUCACGGUAGCCAGGGUGCCGCUCAUCCCGCUGUACCUGCUUCUCGGCUUCAAAUGGCUGUACGUUGUCGUCGUGCUCUGCAUGGCGAUCGGUGUCUACUGCUUCACCCACCCAGCCGAGACGGAGGUCGUCAAGGCCCAGCUCAGUGUCAAGGGUCUCGUUACGGCGCACUUCAACCAGCCGGAUCUGCUCCGCAACAAUGUCGUCCAGGAGGUGCAGUCACGGCUGGACCGUGCCAAGGGGGGCGACGCCAGUGACGGCAGCCCCGAGACCGAGAAGACCGUGGCAAAAGAGGUGGUGGCAGAAGUGGCAUCUCCGGAGCAGGGCCAGCCUCCGGCUCACAAGCCAAAGAUCGGUCUCGUACCCACGCGUGAGGGGACAUGGAAGUUUGCGCUCCUUGUCAAUGGGGCAUGGCAGAGUGUGAAGCCGAUUGUGCAGGAUCUUGUUCUGCAGGAGGCCAAGGCCGGGCAGCUUGGAACUGUCGGGAAUGAGUAUGCCGCUUGGAAGUCGUAA